UUUAAAGAUAAAAGGCUAUCGUCGUUCAGUGGUUGGAAGUUUGUGUCGGAGGAGAAAAGUUUCAGAAUUAUGAAGAUUGAUAUCCACACUCAUAUUUUACCGGAGAAAUGGCCAGACCUGCGUGAGCGCUACGGGUAUGGAGACUGGGUACAACUUGACCACAGCUGUGAGGGUCGGUGCGCCAACAUGAUGAAGGGUGGCAACUUCUUCCGAAAAGUGGAUCCUAACUGCUGGGCGCUCGAGGACCGUCUUCGAGAGAUGGACGCCACCGGCGUGGACGUUCAGGCACUCUCUACUGUCCCCGUUAUGUUCAGUUAUUGGGCCAAGCCCGCUGAUACGCUGGAUCUAUGUGAACUCCUGAACAACGACCUGGCCAAGUCUGUGGCCCGCUACCCCUCGAGGUUUGUGGGACUCGGGACGCUCCCCAUGCAGGCGCCGGAGCUGGCCAUCAAGGAGCUCAUCCGGUGUAAAAAGGAGCUAGGAUUUCCCGGUGUUCAGAUAGGAUCUCACGUCAAUGACUGGAAUCUCGAUGCCGAGGAGCUGAGACCGGUGUUUGCCGCUGCCGAAGAGCACGGUGUAGCGAUAUUUGUCCACCCAUGGGACAUGGAGAUGGGUGGCCGUAUGUCGAAAUACUGGCUUCCCUGGCUCGUCGGAAUGCCUGCGGAGACGGCGACGGCCAUAUGCUGUAUGACAAUGGGCGGGGUGCUGGAGCAGUUUCCCGGGCUCAAAGUCUGCUUCGCCCACGGAGGGGGUGCUUUCCCGUUCACUGUUGGGCGGAUCGAGCACGGAUACAACGUGCGGCCUGACCUGUGCGCCGUCGACUGUAAGACCAGUCCACGUAACUUCCUGGGAAAGUUUUACACUGACGCGCUCGUGCAUGACCCGCGAGCCCUCGAACUGCUUGUUGACGUCAUUGGACAGGACCGAGUGAUAUGUGGAUCCGAUUAUCCGUUCCCGCUUGGGGAACACCACCCGGGCCUUGGAAUCGAACAGUCUGUACUCGCCGAGGACGUCAAGAAAAAGCUGCUUUAUAAAAACGCCUGUGAAUUCCUGGGACUGGACCCGGCCGCGUACAGCCGCGACACGUGAUUGUCCGCCCACGUGAUUGUCCGCCGCCCACGUGAUUGUCCGCCCACGUGAUUGUCCGCCUUGGAAGGGGUAUGUGAUGCCCCGCAGUGGAAGAGAGACACAGUGUUAUGGUGUAUGUGCUUUAUACGAUAAUAAACUUGCCAGAAUGUGUGCCAUUGCUGAAGAUGUAUAUACGUGUUCUUAUGUAUGUGCCAUAAUAGGGAAGGAUUGUUUUACUAAAAACAAUUUUUAAGUAUUGCGUUUUAUUAUUUUAAGAGUUACUGUUAUAUUAUUGUGUUGAAUGGUGUUGAAUAAAUAGUUUUAUUUGAAUAACCAGA